GCCAUUUGUUAUAUAAAAGAAAGACUAAGUGACGAGAUACAACUAGUGUAUUAGAUCUAGUCAAUAUGAUCGUCACGUUCAUCUUGUUCGGUUUGAGUUUGGUUUCGUCUUACAAUAAAUCGUCUGUGAAUAUGUGCUUGUGGCAUAAUAAUACAUGUGUCGAUUCCUGUCCAGAAUGGAUGAUCCAAAGAAAAAGCAACUGCACGGCCUCAUAUUGGCCAGCUCAAAAAACUUGCGAGCAUCCUGAACAAACGCUUGUAGGCACCGUUUGCGGAUUUUCAAGAUGUGACUGUCCUGAUCCUCUUGCGCUAGACACGGAAACCGGUUUCUGCUAUGAUGUAGACAAUUGUCCAACAAAACAUACAGUGUAAAAUUUUUAUUAAGUACCAAAGUGAUGAAUACCUAAUGUUAGUACAUACAAUGUCAUUAUUCGUUUUGAUUGAAGCUUCGCGAUGACUUAAAUCUGAAAUUUCUGAACGUAGUUCCAACGUCAAUGUCAGUGUAAUGUCAUGUAUGACAAUGACUGUCAAAAUUCAAAAAUCGUAUUGACAUUUGUUUUGCCCGAAAUCAAUGGCAUUGAUUUUUUGAUUUGCGGUGUAAUUUAUUAAGUGAAACUACCAAUAAUAUUAAGCAAAAUGUUACGUUUUUGUGCACAAACUACGUUCAGUCAAAAUAAAAUACUCAUACAACCUCUCAUACAUAAACAGAUAACCUCUAAAUUAAAAGCCAUUAACAGCUGUACUAGUAUUUUGAGUAGAAAUUAUGCAGUGAAAUUAACUGAAGAGGAGAACAAGUUAGAAUGUAUAUACAAAGGUCCACUGACGCCACAGAUUAAGGGUGUCAAAGUGUUUUCGUUGAGCUCGAGUGCAGCGGGCUUAUUGGCACAACCUAUAAUCAUUAGAGAAGCUGCUAACAUAGGCAGUACUUCGCUGCUCGUCGCUAUUUGCUCAGUAGUGGGUUUCUUCACAUUCGUAACUCCUGUGUUACUUCACAUUAUCACCAAGAAGUAUGUAACAGAAAUACAUUACGACCCUACAACAUCAACAUACACAGCUACCACUAUCAACUUCUUUUUAGCGAAGAAAAUGCUGGACUUCAAAGUGGAAGAUGUUGAGGUACCUGAGAUCCCCGGUAUGUUCACCACAUUGAAAGCUAAAGGAACACCUCUCUUCAUAGAAGCGCGGCACUUCAAUGAUCCUCUACACUACGCCAAGAUGAUGGGCUAUGACAAACCUAUGGACUUCAAACUUGGAGACAGUAGUGAAGGCUCAAGUAAAUAGGUGUAGGCAUUUGUUUUUGUAUGUACACUUGGAGGCAAAGAAACUGAGCCACUAGCUUUGUUUUUUUUUUAUUUUAUCAUACUCUCUAUAAUUUAGUAAAAAUAGAAGUCCUUUUACUACAAACUGCUCUCAAUUUAAAGGUAACUAAAUUGCCUUUUAGAAGACAUAUAUUACCAAUCGGGUACUUUCCUUAACUCGUCGAGUACCGGUUUUAUAGACACAAUUAAAGAACAAUAGGUCGCGGUCACUGGUGACCGCUUGGUGUUUGACAGAUUAAUCAAAAGUAAAUGUUUUGGACCGUUCAAUACAAUAAAAUAUUAAAAAAUAAUCACUCUUUCAUAAAUUGAUUUUAUGGCCAACUUAAUUUUAGUAUUUUUCUAGCAAAUUUUUAAGUAAUAAGUUUUGUAAUCUGUUUUUGACACUAAAAAAUGUGACGUCACAAUACGCAAUAGUGUAACAUUCAUAGAAAAAACAGUUCAAAAAAAGUAUUGAAUUUGACUAGUUGGAAAGUACCAAAUUAAUAAAAUACUUAAAUAUUUAUCAAGAAAUGAAAAAAAAUAUGCUAGUGGCUCUUUUUCUUUGCUCCCAGGUGUAUAUUUAUUGUUACACCACUCUCUCACUCUCUCUCCACAUUUUCUUUUGUCAUUGUGUUUCACUGUAUUUGUAUUUUUAUUUAAAUUUUUGUAAUUUAUUAAUCUUUUUGUUUAUUUAUUCAAUAUCUAAUUUUGUAAUAAAUAUUUGUGAGAGAGGACAUCAAGUUCCGUAAGCCUAGCUUGAAAGUCAGGGACUUCAUAGGAAUGUUCUAGCAUUUCUUUUUGUAUUUCUUUUAGUUACUGUUUAGUAAAAUAGGUAGUUAUAAAGUUGUUAAAUAGUUAUAGAGUUGUUUUAAUAUACUCCUUCCCGUAGAAAAAAUAGUUGAAAAGAUUUAUACAAGUACACAAAGCACAUGAACAUUUCACUAGUUAUGUUGUAGCUACAAAUAAAGCUCCUUAUAAAAAGAGUCCAUAACAGUAAGAGAACUAUCAUACCUAAGACAUUUCUUUCAAGAAGGACCUAUAAUACUAUUGUCAAUAUUCAUUUCCUUCCCACUACAGGAACUAUUAAACUAUUCGAAACGAGUAGGUACGCGUUUUGCGCUCCGAUUGGCCGGCUCGAAUGAACCGACCAAUCAGAGCGCCGAACGCGUACUCGUUUCGAAUACUUUAAACGUAAAACUCGUACUAACGCCUCUGAAUUGGGUACUUGCCAACUAGUCAAAUUCAAUCCUUCCCUGAACUGUCAAAAACGACAGUUUUCUAUGAAUUUUGUACGAGAUUGUGUAUUGUGACG